GCACUGGUGUCAUUGGAAACGUGUCAGGAAGAGUUCCCACCUUAUCCCCAUUUGCAUCAUCAUGGCCAUUGCGAGUUCCACCUCUGCCGCCCCAAAAGGCAACGCUUUCGUUGGAACCGAAGGGAUUUAUAACCUCCCGCACCACCAACGAGAGAUCGACCGUCUCCAACGGCAGCACAACUUCAUUCUGUCGUCCACAGGAGGUCUUCUCCUGAGCAUGCCUGUGGAGACCAAUGCUACACUGAGGAUUCUGGACUCUGGUGCAGCGGAUGGAACCUGGCUUCAUUCUGUAGCACAGCACUAUCCCAAUCAGAGAUGGUCCCUUCAUGGCAUCGACAUUGGCUCCGCGCUUUUCCCGCCUCCCUCUGCAGACGGUCCGAUUGUGGAUCUUCGGAAGCAUGAUAUCCGGGAGCCAAUUCCAAAGCAUCUGCACCUACCAGAAAGCUUCGACAUCGUUCAUCAACGCUAUCUUAUAUGGGGCCUGAAAAGCUCGGAAUGGCCACAGGCCGUGGGAAACUUGCGUUCAGUGUUGAAGCCUGGAGGCUGGAUUCAGCUCGUGGAAGCACAAUGGAUAGAUCGUGACACACCAUUUGACCCUGUUAAGUUCCCUACCCUUGCCAAGAUGUCGGAGUUCGAAAAGUGGAGCACUGCUGCUUUUGGGAUGAAUGCUUAUAUUGCUUAUGAACUGGAGGAUUUGCUCAGUGACCUGGGAUUCAGGAACAUUAAGAAAACAUCAUUCGCUCUGGGGUAUGGUGCCAUGGCUAAAGAGGAGCAGUGGAAAGUGACCUCUCCUCAUAUAUUGGUGGAAGGAUUCCGCAGUCUCGGGCAUAAAAUGCCCCCUGGCGGUAUCCCUGGGGUGGCAAGAACCCCGGCUGAGUACGAUGCUUUCUUGGACGAAUUGCGGGACGACGUGAUCAAGUAUGGAUAUGCGCCGCAGCUGAAUAUUGUCAUUGGGCAGAAGCCCUCGGAACUGGCUUUAGCCUCACUCUGA